UUUUGUUGAGAUGAAAAAGGAAAAAAAUCAAAGAAGCAAAUUAACCACAUGAAUGAAGGAAUGUGGACUAUUGACCCAGUAAACUAUUCAAUUAAUGAGCAAUUGAUGGCUUUGCUGCAGCUUUAAUCAAAAGUUCCCGGUCUUUAUUUGAAGUUAUACUUGAUAGUUGGGUGGCUUGGUUACGCUGUGCUAGUUAAACCACCGGCCUGCCUUUGAGAUAUCUUGUCCUACCUAUGUUAUGCGGCGCAGGAGAUUGCUAUGUAACUUUUCUUCAGCUGUCUACUAGACUGCUAAUCCAUGCUAUCUCUCUUAAUGGAGAGUAUUAUACCCUGAUAACGAACGGUUCGCAUACGGACCAAUGUCAUGCUGUGUUGAUGGUACUUCCACCCCCCGUCUUGCUACGGUCGAGCGGGCCGACAUAUUGAUAUGCACCAGAUCACCAAUCCCACGCAGCGUACCAUACUCGGUAGACUGGAUAUUGCGCAGCGUACUCCGAAGACUAGAUAUUAUGCCGAGAUUAAGUUCUGCAAACUAGCAGGACGCGGGGAUGGCGAGAUAUAGAUAGCGGUGUUAUGUCAGUGCUUUCGACUCGCUUACGGACUUGGCUUGGAGGUAGGACGUUGACGACGACCUGCUUAGUUUGACGAUAAGAUGAUGGCGAGAUGACGCUGUCUGAUGUUUGAUUCUCCACAAGUAGAUGCUUUUCGUGGCUAAAAUAGUUACGUGUUGAGAAGAGUGUUUUGAUGAAUGGCGAGUCGCAGUUCCAGUUCCACUGUAUAGGAGUAAGGCGAAGGAAGAAACGACGAGGACGGGAAGGAGAGGACUUUUUAAUACGAAGCAGAGGCAGAGGCAUGUAGAUUAGCCGAGUUAAAAGAAGGGUUGGGAGUAUGGAGAAUGGAGGAAGUAGGAGUAAGUAAGGAUAAGCAUCCAGCGGCCAACCCAGCUGUCUGGCACCGCGUAUCCCUUCCCCCUCCGUCCAUCUCCAUUUUGCGCGGCAUCUCCGCUUACCCACUCGCCCAUCCUGAAGGUAUCCGGCUUUGCUUUGCUUCCGGCUUUGCUUUGCUUCCGGCUUUGCUUUGCUUGUCCUUUGUUUUGUUCUGGCUUGUCGGUCUGUUUCAAGGUAGAGAGCAGAGCAGCGAAGGUUCAACCUUGACUUUUGAGGUACUUGGUACGAGGUGUAUGUCUUGUAUGAGAAAGGCCUUAGAUAGACGCCGCCACGGCAGGACGCAGGAUGUAUCAGACACAGAACAUCGACAUAAGAAUUGCAUGUCUGUACGGAGUAUGUAAUAAUGUCUGUAUAUGCAAGAGGUAUACGGAGACAAGAGCGCCACAAAAGCUACCCUGUCGACUCCGCGACCGGAGGGGCAGCAAUUCGGCCAACCAGUAACCAUAAACCAGUGACCACUAUAUAUAGUUAUCUCCCUGGUAGGUUUUGCGGGUGGGUUAGAGACUUCUUCCUUGCAGGCCGUGAUUGAAUGUGUAUGUAUGUAUGUUUGAUAUUGCACUGGAUGCGCAGUCGAUGUAUGGGGGAGGCCGGGCCGGACGGACAAGUCGGCUCGCGCAGUAAAUGUAAUAGCAAUAAUGAUAAAGUCAUGGAUAGACAAGAGGGAGCAUCGUACGACCUUGACUUCGCUAGUAGUGAUUGAGCAAGCGAGCUAUUUAGUUAGUUUGUAGCAACCAUUGACUUUUUUUGAUAUCCUACCGGCUGAAUAUGGUCUCUGCCCUGU